CCAUGGUUUGAAAUAAACCAUCCAUUAGAUAUUCCCAUACAGCAUUAAACUCUCAUCUACAUGACUGACCUCUUUAUAUAGAUGUUCCAAAUGCACAACAGAUGGAAGCUGAAAGAAAAAUGGCAGCCAAGCCUUCUCUUUCAACUCCCAAGAUUUUCACAUUUGCUCUCAUCUCUGUUUGCCUAUCCCUCAUUCUUGUAACCACUAUCGAAGUCUUAGGAAGAACAUAUGAAAACCGCCCAAGAUGGGUCUUCCCUAAUCCGGUCCAGAAACCCGGUUGGUAUCAAGUAUUGGAAAGCAGAAACGUAACACGAAUGAAAAUCGGUUUAGUGAAUGUGCAUAACAUGGAGAAUGAAGUUAGGGGUUUAGUUGGAGAACCUGAGCUAAUGAGUGUAGAUUUUAUUCGUGUUAACGAAACUAUCCGAUGGACAGACCUAUACCCAGAGUGGAUAGAUGAGGAAAAACCCGAGAAGUGUCCCGAAAUCCCAAUGCCACGUUUCGAAGACUACAAGGGUAUAAAUGUCAUUGUAGCUAGAGUUCCGUGUGGGGGUCCCACCGAUGUGUAUAGGUUACAAGUGAACUUAGUGGUGGCUAAUCUUUUGGUGAGGAUAAAUGGAUGGGAAGAUCAUGAGAGGAGUUAUAAUGAAAUCUAUGUUGUUUUCUUAGGCUCUUGUGAACCCAUGUUGGAGAUUUUCAGGUGUGAGGAUCUGUUGUGGCAUGAAGGGCAUUCAUGGGUAUAUAAGCCUGACUUGAGGAGCCUCAAGCAAAAGGUGGCCAUGCCGGUUGGAAGUUGCCAGCUUGGGCAUCCAUUUGUUGAACAAGGUCAAGAGAUGCGUGAAAGAGCCUUUAACAAGACCCUAAACCAGCCAAGAGAGGCUUAUGUAUCUAUCGUACAUUCAUCAGAAUCUUAUGUCUGCGGAGCAGUAGCUUUGGCUCAAAGCAUCAAACAAUCCACCUUGACAAAAGACCUAGUCCUCCUAGUGGAUGAAACUAUCUCCCAAAAAUCGAUUCAUGGUCUCAGAGAAGCAGGAUGGAAAAUCAAAAAAAUCAAAAGGAUCCGAAGCCCCCAUGCACAAAAACGUGCAUAUAAUGAAUGGAACUACAGCAAACUUCGAAUAUGGCAACUUGUGGAGUACGAUAAACUCAUCUUCAUAGACUCUGAUUUCAUUGUCCUUAGAAACUUAGAUAAGUUUUUUGCAUACCCACAAAUGUCAGCAGUCGGGAAUAGCAGACACGUGUUCAACUCCGGUCUAAUGCUAAUCGAACCAUCAGAGUGCACCUUCAAAACCCUAAUGGAGAAAACAAAUACUACGGGAUCAUACAAUGGGGGAGAUCAAGGGUUUCUGAAUGAAGUCUUCUCAUGGUGGCACCGGUUUCCAUCUGGCUUAAAUUUCAUAAAGAACUUCAAGUCACUGCAGGGCGAAAAGCAUGAUGUGCCAAAGAAUGUAUACACUAUACAUUUCAUAGGGAUGAAGCCAUGGAGGUGCUAUAGAGAUUAUGAUUGUAACUGGGACAACAUAGACAACCAACAUUUGGCGAGUGACAUGGCUCACGAAAUGUGGUGGAAGGUUCAUGACAGAAUGCCUCAGAAUUUGAAGCAGUAUUGUGCUCUGAAACCAUGGGCAGAAGCAGAGAUAAGAACGUGGAGGGAAAAGGCGAAGAAUGCGAGUUUUGCUGACGGGCAUUGGAAAAUCCCAGUGAGGGAUCCAAGAAGAGGUUCCUAUAUGUGAUUAUUAUUCCCAUCUACAUUUUCAAUGCCUACCUUGUUAUAUCCCCUAGUACUACACCUGAUCCUCAAAUCCUUAAACAAAUCAGUGGAAUCAUGUCUAAGUGUUACGAUCCUUUCUGGAAUGAAUUCUCCAACCCCAAACCAUAUUACUUAACCCUGACAACCUUGAGCCUAUCUCCAUCCUAAAAAGAGCCGUAUACCCUGCCCAGACUACCCCACUCCCUACUUGAAUCACUCCAUCAAAAUAACACGUUUUGUGCCAAAAGAAAAAACCAUAAGUCAAUUUCCUUUUCAUUUCCCUAAGCUAGGGCCGAAACACACCAAGCCAAACAACCAUAUUUCAUCACCCAACAUCCCACAAACAUUGUCCCCCCCUUGUCCCCUAGUACAACCGAAAUAACAAGCACAACAAGCCAAGGGAUAUUUUUGAUUACUUUGACCUUUAAACCACCAUAAAAGCCACCCUAUAAAAGCCAUAUUUCUCACACCCCACUGUCCCCCACUAUGGCAGAAUGAAUCACUCCCCAACCACCAAAUAUUCACCUCACUAGCCAAGCCAAAAUACCCAACACAUCACCCAUCCAUUUUGCCCUCUAAUAUGGCCGAAAACCCCCUUCCAUU